UAAGAUACGAACUAAUUUACUUUAAAAACUGGCGGAUUAUUGUUUAGUUAAACCAAUAAAUUUAUUUGGAAAAUUUCAGUUAGUUGAAUGAUAGUUAAGCGAAGGAUUUAUGCUUAUCUCAUAAAAAGUAUUCAUUUCAACUUAUAUAAGUUGGAGUUAUAUUAUAUAUCAUAUAGAAGUUGGAAAUCAAGGCAGAAAUUCUGAAAAAAAAUAUAAAAAAUAUAGCGUAAAUAUAGACGAAUAUGCGUCAAAUUUUCGCUCUUUUCCCAGCCCGGGGAGAUAGUAUAAGUUUUCCUUACAAUUCCCCUACGGAGGGAAAAUGUCUCGAAAUUGACACCUGCUCCUUCUUCAAAAUAUCUACUCUUCUCCAAUAUAUAUAUCUCCUAAUAAAUUGUGUUUGCAUAGAUACUGAUGUAGUAUUAACCUUAUUUAGAGUAUUUGGACAGCUUUGGUGCUCAAAUAGUGACUUAUCGUGGAAAUUUUCAUUAGUUUCUUGCCAAUAAAAUGCUGUUUACUUGCUUAUAAACUAGUGAGGUCCUGUGUUUCUAUGAAAUAUACAUUUGCUAGUGUAGCCAAACCAUUGAUGCUCCCCAUGUGUGGGUUGUGCCACAAGACUAACAAACGCCCAAUAUUCCUGAGUUUAACAACUAGUUGUUGAGAAUUUCUUAAGAUAUUUUGAAAGAUUGUACCUGAUGUCUAACUAUCUUAAUAGGAAUGUGCUCGUUGAGAAAAAUGACUGAUCUCAUUAACAUUUCUAUAGCCUAAACAAUCUUUGGGUCAGAUGUUUAUGGUUGCAUGUCCGGAGUCCGUUUAUAAUGUAAGUUGGUUGAUAUUGGAUACCUCCGAAGACUAUUAGUCCAUUGGUUUCGGUUUAUAGCACAAUUUGCUUAUGGGAGGUGUGGUUAUUCCAAACAAGAGUGAGGUAUCUCUUGAAGAUGGAUGUUGGCAGUGGUCUGACAUGCUCAUCGUUCUCAACAUAAACUACGUUUUACUCGGAUGAAUAAUAAUGUGUUGAGAUAGCCAAAACACUUCAUUACUAAGAACACAUUACACAAUGGCCGGAAAACUCAUUUGAAUAUGACGUCCAUAUAUCUGCAUGGUAACACUUAAAUGCUGCUUUAUCCCAAAAACAUCCAUAAUGUCGUUCGUUAACACAAUACUGUUUGAAGGUUUAGGAUAAACCGAAUGAGGUGACAGUCUAGCGGCAGAUUAAAAUGGAAAUUCUAUCAACAAGAGCAGUUUAUAAGUGACUUAAGGAAUGAACGGUCACAAAUAAAGCAACAAUAGUCUUGAUAUAAUUUGAAAGCAAAGUUAAAAAUGUUUCCUCGUCUUGUUCAAUCUGAGAGCACUUCCGAAUAAAUAAAUUUUUGUGUAAAACUAAACUAAAAACUCUGAUUGUGUAGAUCAAAACAAUUAAUACAAGCGGGAGAUAUUGUUUUCACUUGGAAAUGGACGGAACCGUCAAUGGACAGUUCUGUUUAACCAUACUUCAUCAUCAUUUUCAUGUGACAUAUAAGACCCAAUCAUAUUAAGCGACCCAUCAUAUACCUUCGCAUUCUCUCACUGUGUUUUAAUCCCAUUUUUACACUAGUCAGAAACUAUGGAAAUGUGAGCUAGUAACUCCAUUCCAUCAUUUAUUAAAUAUUUAUAGUACUCAUGUUCCUUCCUUGGUUGUAGGAAACUUAAUAGAGGAUUAUAAUAAUUCUACAUACAUUUUGCUUCAAUUUCCUCAUGAUUUUGUAUCUCUUACUUAUUAAUUAUUUAAUUAGGCCGAUUGCUCACUUUUGAUUACAUAAUUUUCGUGACAAUCCUUUUGAUGAGUUUAUUUUAUCAGGCUGGGGUAUUCAUUUAUGCUACUUCGGUUAAUAUUUACCAUUGCUAGUGUACUUACAAUUCUAUCAUCAAUUUCACUUUUUUUUAAUUAUGAGCAGUUGUGUAAUCCACCUCGUUAUCGUCUCUAACAUGAAUUUUCUUGACUGAUCUAUUCUUCGUAUGGGUGUAUAAAUUUUGCCGUAAAUGGAAAUAGAGCUUGAUGAAGAUCUAAUUGAAAACAAUAUUGCUCAUCUCUGUGUUUAACGAAAAUUUUAUUUGGUUAACAUGUUACUGUUGAAACUCCGACUUUAAUAUAAUAUUAAUAAACCUGUGAUGCAUGACUACAUAGUGUUAAAUAAUUGUGUUUUCUGAUUUAACGUUAAGUUCAUUAGGGUAAACUAAAUAUUGCCAUUCAUUAAUCUGAAGUAGAUGUAGUUCAUGGUAAACUUUGCAGAUUUUACCAAACGACUGUCUGAUCUUAUUUGCAGUGCAACUUAAUAAUUAGACAAACUCAAGUGAUUCUAGGGUUCUUUGUGGUGAGACUAAAUUAACAUAUAAUUUGUAAUAAACUUAUGAAAAAUAUGAUUGAUCUAAAUUUUAAAAUUAAACAUAAUCAAUUUUACGAAAAGUACGAAUGUUUUGACAAAAGCAAACGAGGUGAGCGUAAAAAAAUACCAGACUGGAAAUUUUUGAAAACACCGUAACCUUGAGGUUACUACUAAGACGCAUUAGACACAAAUAAACAGUAAUAUCUUCGCUUCAGAAUUUGAAAUCUUGAUUUCAAUACGUGUUCUAAUUUCUAUUAUCAUUUGGUGGGUGAGAAUGUUAACUUGUGUCGUCUGGCGAAUGGUUUUGCUGAUGGAAAAAAAGAUGCGACCGUUUGGUAACUAGAAAAUCAUACUUUCGUAAAAGAGCGACGUAUUCAGUGGUGGUGUGGGAUUUUGAGAACGAACCUGAAUACAAUGUCUACCCCGUUGACACUGAGCUCCAUACAAGCUGAAUUUAUUGCUGUAGACGUUUCUUUUGGCUCAUGCGUAGCUUUAAGUGGGCAUUUGUUAACAUGUUAAGUUUUCAAAUUACACUGAAAAUUGAAAACGCGUAUAUUGACACGGUAUUUUAGAUGUGCUAUUUUACUUAUCUUGGUUGAACGUAACAUAUUUAAGGAGAUUUCCAAAGAUAUAAUACAUUUAAAUAAGUAUUUUCUUAUCGGUAGGAUAUUCAUGUACUAUUUUAAAAAUUAUUCCUCAUUCAUACUUCAAAACUUUUAGAAUAAUCCUGGACACUUCAAUCACCGAAAAGGAAUAUAUAAACAUCAUAUUACUCCCACAAACUGCAAACGCUUCAAAUUAGGUUGAUAAUCAGUACUAAAGAACCCUACAUGACAACAGUUGCUUUUUACAGGUCCUGAAAUUUCGAAGGGUUUAGAACAAUGGAAUACCGAUUCGGGAAAAAAUGCAAUUUUACAAUACGGAUUUGAACUUAUCAGUGAUACUGUCAAAGCUGAAUUAGUUCCGCAACUACUUCUAGAUUCUAUAAAGGAAAUUUAUCAAGAUAUUAAUUCUAAUCUUUCAAAUUUAGAUGCUAUCGCUUUUAAAGAAGAAUCAAAAAAUGGUACCACUCAACGUAUUACACCCAAAGUAAUCAUGUCUGAAUUAAGUAAAGUUAUUCAACCUGAAGAAUUCAGUCAAACAAGUGAUUUACACCAACCAAUUGUACAAAAGUUUGGUGAAAAAUUAAAUAACCGGGGAAAGAUUUGGUGUGCGAUUUCGGCAGAUAGAGCUGUUAAAAAUGCCUUAGCAUUUGACAUUCUUGAGAGUAUUUUACUAGGACUAAUAAAGUUUACGGUACCAAGAAUUAUUAGGUUUACAAUGGGAGAAGAAUUCGUUUUUAUCAUUAUUUUUGAACAAACAAUAAGUGAUACUAUCAAAGAGUUGACUACCAAUGAAUAUAAUCUUCAGUAUAAAAUCUUGCGGAUGAAUCGGCUAAAAAUGAUCGAUAAGGUAGCAAGAAAAAAGCCUGGUGAUGUACUCGUUUCAAUGGCUAUUGACUCAUUAUUAUCACUUUCAAUGCCUGGUCCAAUUACUGGUACAUAUACAAACAAUUCGACUGAAGAGAAACUAUUAAAAACUUUAGUUUGUGACGUAUUGUUAAACCGAAUUUGUUCAGUUGAUGAAGCUACCAAUAGAGUUGGUGAAUGUUUGCCCUUGGCUACGUAUCACGACAUGAUAAGUGAGGAUAUAUUUUUUACAGAAGGAUUAGAAAUGUUGAAAUAUCACAUUGAUAACGACCUUGAAGAUAUUGAUCUCAUAGAAACUCAUCAAGAAACUAAGCCAGUUUUUAAUGCAUACGGAUAAUGUUUUCUAUGCUGAUACUAAUGCCGAUGAAGGAUAUUUGUUUGUUAACUAAGGAUUGGUUUUGUGACCCCUAUUUUCAUAACAAUCGGAAGUCAUCAUUGUGAAGUAUCCGUUAUUUUCGGAAAACUCAUUUUUAGCACAAAACUUUAAUCGUAUACACAGAAUUUCAGUGCUACCAGAUUUUUCCUCUAUAAAAUACAGUUUGUAAAAUAAUAGUAAUCAUAAAUUUGUUUAUAUUUUAUUUAAAGCAGUUUUCAGUGAAAUUUAUUCUUGCAUUUCACGAGUAAUAAUACCUUUGUAAUCAAUAGUAAGUUGUUUAUUGAAAAGAGUGAGAUUUUCUAGAGGGGACGCGCAAUUGAGUUUGAUACCACGGUCCUCCUUCAUUGGCUGACUUUCAAGCGGACCCCGAGGAGUUCUGUACGUAUAUGCACAUAUCCAUCG